AUGAAAGAUAACAAUAGAAGGGAUUGGAGCAUUGGCCUUUCCAUAGUCAUAUAUGCUAUGAAUAUUUGUUGCUCUAGACCUACUCAUCAUACACUGUAUGAGUUAGUUUUUGGACAACACCCAUUAUGCUACUUUAACAUGAUCGAGGAAUGGAAGCAACAUAAUGUUAAUAUGAAAGAAAACUUACCAGAAGGUAUUAUUGAAAAUAAGAAAAAUUUUGAGGAAAAUAGGGUUUCUGAUCCUGAGGAUGAAGAAUAUAAUGUUUCACUAGACCAUAGAUCUUUAAUGACAACUUCAUCAAGUUCCUCUCGAUCUUCAAAAAACAAUCACUCAAUGCUAAGACGAACAAUUUUUGAUAACCAGCAAGCACGGCAAUUCACUAGAGACAACAGUGAUAGGGAACAAAUAAAUGAUAAGAAUACUGAAAUGUUUAGUAAACCAAUUUCUCAGCAAGACAUUCAAGGAGUUCAGGGACAGAUGGAAAACCAAAUGCAUGCAAAAUAUAAUAUUUAUAAACAUAUCUAUAAAGUUGGUGAUCUGGUGAAAAUUCAAAUUGUUAAGAUUGAUUGUAGACCUGAUAAUCACUAUGCACUUCUAUGCAAAAAUGCAUUUUCAGCUGGCGAAGUUUUGCUACUUAAAUCAAAAGAAUUUCCUGAAUUAAAUAAUUCACCGACUGAUACAACUAUCAGUAUCAUUGAAGCUGCAAAACUUUAA